AUGUGCUGGUGCGGCUGCCUCAAGGGGAUGCCCAAGGUCAUGCGGCUCUUCCUCCCGUGCGCGAUUGGGCUCCUCAUACUCUGGCUCUACACGUGCUUUGUCUUCAACCCGCGGGGGCUAGCCCGCGUCCCGCUGCUGCACGCGCUCGUGUACCAGCUCUGCGUCCUCCUGCUUGGCGCGUCGCUCGGCCGCACGAUGACCGCGCCCGUCUUUGCCAGAGAGAGCCCGCUCCUGCAGCAAAGCGAUACCGCACUGGGCGUCGUCGAGCUCAAGUACAAUGGCGAGAAGCGGUUUUGCCGCAAGUGCGACCUGCCCAAGCCUGACCGCACGCACCACUGCAGCUCGUGCAACGCGUGCAUUGCCAAGAUGGACCACCACUGCGUCUUCCUCAACAAGUGCAUUGGCCUUGAGAACUACAAGUUCUUCGUGCUCUUCCUCUUUUGGAGUGCUGUCUCGUGCCUCUUGGAGGCCAGUCUCUUGUACACGUACUCGGUCCCGAGUGCGCUGGACGAGCUCAGCAGCGACUUCCUUCUCGGGCAGCUCACGCUCACGUCGGCGCACUGCCAGAUCGUGCUCGUUGGCUUUGUCAGCGUCUGCGUCGGCAUUGCGCUCACGUGCUUUGGCUUGAUGCAUCUCUACCUCGCAGCGAGCAACAUGACGACGCUCGAGUACUGCGAAAAGCGCGACGAGGUCGGCUACGUCAACUACUACUACGUCGGCGUUCUUGGCAAUUUGCGCCAAGUGUUUGGGCCGCUGCAUAUCGCGCUUCUGCCGCUGCACCCGCCGCACAUGGCCGCGCUGCGCCUGGCGUUUCCGUCGACAAAGCUCCAAAAGACCGACUAA